CGGCGGGUCUCCGCGUGCGGCGGGUCUCCGCGUGCGGCAGUUGCCCCUGCAGGGCUCUGGUUCCUGAGGCUGUUGGCGUCGUCGUGUCUGCUCUCGCUCCUCAGAAGCGCUGCCUGCCGCCAUGUUUGUCCUGGUAGAGAUGACUGACACAGUAAGAAUUCCUCCCUGGCAGUUUGAAAGGAAACUGAACGAAUCCAUUGCUGAAGAGCUAAACAAGAAAUUGGCUAAUAAGGUUGUAUACAAUGUUGGCCUCUGCAUCUGUUUGUAUGACAUCACAAAGCUGGAAGAUUCAUACAUAUUCCCUGGAGAUGGUGCAUCACAUACCAAAGUGCAUUUCCGCUAUGUGGUCUUCCAUCCCUUCCUGGAUGAGAUUCUGAUUGGACAGAUUAAAAGCUGCAGUCAGGAUGGCGUUCACGGCAUGAAGACUGUGCCCUCUGUUGAUGUAUGUACUUUCAGCUGGGUAAUUGUUUUGCUGCCAACUGAAAUUGAGCGUUGUGGCUCAGAGAAUAAUUACUGCAUGAUCUCAGAUGUCCUUCCUGAAAGAGGAAGGAGAAUAAGUCCUAAAAUGCAUUUUAGGAAUCACUGUGGUACAUCAUUUGCAAAGAAUCAUUUCAGUCUUAAUCAAGUUCUUUUCUCCAUAGUUUCUAUUGGAUUCUUUGAUGAUAUUGUCAUCCCCCCAGAAUCCCUGCAGCAGCCAGCUAAAUUUGAUGAAGCAGAGCAGGUGUGGGUGUGGGAAUAUGAGACAGAAGAAGGGGCCCAUGACCUUUACAUGGACAUUGGGGAGGAGAUCCGCUUCCGAGUCGUGGAUGAAACGUUUGUUGAUACAUCACCGACAGGUCCGAGCUCUGCAGAGGCUUCCACUUCAAAUGCUACAGAAGAAGUCCAGAAGAAAGAGGCACCCUACACUCUUGUGGGAUCAAUCAGUGAGCCAGGCCUGGGCCUCCUGUCGUGGUGGACAAACAGUUAGCUGCAAUCAGAGCUUGCUCCACAGAAAGUCUUUCCAGUGGAUGUUUGGGGAAUUACGGGAUCCUGCUGGUGCUCAUUGCUCCUCUGAAGCUGAAUGAGAAAUUAGACCUGCCAUUCUCUGUUUCCCCUUCAGCUUCCAACCUGCCAGAUCGAGACAGUCGCUUUCAAGAAAUGUCUUCACUGAUCUGUAGAAGUGAAUUUACAGGCACAAAAAGCCUUGAGUGCAGCAGCAACAAACUCAGCUGGAGCUUUGGUCUCCUGCCCUGGAGGGAAAACUGGGGAGGUCUUUACUUGCUUGAAUUAAGAAGGGAGUUGACUUCAGUGAGUGAAAGCAGGAGAGAAUGCCUGUCAAGAAGUAUUGCUUCCUUGGGCUGAGAGCUUGAUCUCAGAGGGGUAGAAACCUGCCCUUCUUUUGACAGGAAGUGGAGACAAAAGAGUGAAAAACUGGAGUUAAUAGAGGUGUGGUAGUCUGGAGACCUAGAAAAUGCUGCUGCUGGGAGGGCAAGGGAGGUGGUGGUAAUGUUCAUCUAAGAAUGGGCACUUAAGCCAUGGAUGAAGUCAGCCAAAAAGAUCUUGAAUGACAGCAGUUUACCCAAAAGUAACUUGGGCUCUGUGAAGAUGGCCACUGUGGAAGGCUACAGGCUGCUUAUUGUGCUGAAUGGAAAUACUUUAUUGGGUGGGCAGUAUUUAUGUAGAGUGAGCUAAACUUUGCAGGAGUUUGUCUGAAAAUAUGUAAUUAUGAACUGAAAUGGACCAAGGCUGCUUUGAGCAAGCUAAAUACUUGUUUGUGGGGGUGUGUUAAUACCAGAAAUGGAAUAAAUAGUAAAAACCACA